AUGUUCAUUAUUAUUCAUUCUUUGGUUACUCCUGCUUUUCAAACAGCUUUGGGAUCCCAGAACAGAACAAUGUAUUUUGUGACUGAGUUUGUCCUCCUGGGUUUCCCUGGUUCAGGAGAGAUGCAAAGCUGCUUCUUCUCAUUACUCCUGCUUCUCUACCUCCUGACCCUGCUGGGGAAUGGAGCUAUUGUCUGUGCAGUGAAAUGGGACAGGCGGCUCCACACACCCAUGUACAUCCUCCUGGGAAACUUUGCCUUUCUGGAACUCUGGUAUGUUUCUUCGACUGUCCCUAACAUGUUGGCCAACAUCCUCUCGGAAACGAAGACCAUCUCCUUUUCUGGCUGCUUCCUCCAAUUCUACUUCUUUUUUUCACUGGGCACAACAGAAUGUUUCUUCUUAUCAGUUAUGGCUUUUGAUCGGUACCUGGCCAUCUGCCGGCCACUGCAUUACCCUUCCAUCAUGACUGGCAAGUUCUGUAUAACCCUGGUGUCUGUGUGCUGGGUGAGUGGGUUUCUCUGCUAUCCAGUUCCCAUCGUCCUGAUCUCCCAUCUCCCCUUUUGUGGACCAAACAUCAUUGACCAUUUUGUGUGUGACCCAGGACCAUUGUUUGCACUGGCCUGUGUCCGUUCUCCUUCUACUGAGCUUAUCUGCUACACCUUCAAUUCAAUUAUCAUCUUUGGGCCCUUCCUCUCAAUCUUGGUGUCUUACACUCUGGUACUCAGAGCUGUGCUUCGUGUUCCCUCUGGUGCUGGGCGAAUGAAAGCUUUCUCCACGUGUGGGUCCCAUCUAAUGGUGGUGUCUCUGUUCUACGGAACCCUGAUGGUAAUGUAUGUGAGUCCAACUGCAGGAAAUCCAGCAGGGAUGCAGAAAAUAGUCACUUUGGUAUAUUCAGCAGUCACUCCACUCUUAAAUCCCCUUAUCUACAGUCUCCGAAACAAAGACAUGAAAGAUGCCCUAAAGAAAGUCUGGAAGCUAGCAGUUAGUCAAAACUGA